UUGCCGUAGCCCUUGUCGUCGCUGUAAUUACAAUGUGCAUUUGUUUUUGUCCACAAGAAUUGUCAGAUUUCACAGUGUAAACUAUAGGCUUUUGUACAAUGCGAUCGCGGUGAUAUUGUCUUAUAAAGGUGUUGUGCCCAAUGUGAUUUUGUUUAAGUGCGUUUCGUGUUUGUUCGGAAGUUAAGACCGAUUUUGCCUAUAAGACCAGACAGCUGAUCACAGACUUCGGUUCACACCUGCUACAAAAAGAUAAUAUUUAUUUAAAAAACUGGCAUUUAUAGUGAAAUAAUCAGUUGCCAGCAUAUUUAUAUAACUACAAUUUGAUUGAUUAUGGCGGUGCCCAGAAAACUGAUAUCGAAGAUCUACGAUAUUAAGGCACACGACAGCAGAGUAACGAGCCUUGAUUUGGGCGAAACAGGCCGAGUGCUGGUCACCGGUGGCGAGGAUCGCAAUGUGAACCUUUGGGCAAUUGGACAGAAUGAGUGUUUUAUGUCUCUGACGGGUCACAAUCGCUCCAUCGAUUGCGUCCGUUUUGCGUAUAAGGAUAACUUUGUGUACUCCGCCGACGAUAUCGGGAUUAUACGGAGAUGGGAUCUAAACUCACAGAAAAUCUAUUCAACUCUAAACGGACACAUGAAGAGUGUUCGCACUCUGGACUUCAAUCCGUCCGGAGAAUAUGUGGUGUCCGGAAGUAACGACACGACCGUCAGACUUUGGGACGUGCAGAACGAAAACAACUGCAUUAAGGUAUGCCGCGGUCACAUGUCCCACGUGAACUCCGUAAAGUUCUCUCCGGACGGACUCUGGAUCGCCUCUGCUGGCUUGGAGGGCUCCAUCCUCAUCUGGGACAUACGAAAGAGCAAACAGAUCAUGGAGUUUAUUGCGGAUCCGCCGGUGACCGCCAUCACAUGCGUUCAAUUCCAUCCGUUUGAGUUCCUUUUGGCAGCAGGUCGGAUCGAUGGCACCGUGUCCAUUUACGAUCUGGAGCACCAGCAGCUCGUUUCGCAGACUACUCACUUUUAUGGUCAGGCCAUAAAGUGCAUUACCUUCAGUGAAAAUGGGGAGUGUCUCUUUGUUGGCAGUGCUUCGGGUAUUUCGGUAAUUGGUUGGGAGCCAGAUCGUGAGCUGGACCACAUAAAAAGCACCUGGUCCUCGUUGGCCGACAUGAAAGUGGUCAACAAUAAGCUGAUCUGUGGCUGCCAUGAAAUUGACACCGUUUCGAUCAACACCAUUAGUUUGGAUCGUGUGAAGCCUUUUUACCAGCCGCCAAACUCUCUACCCAACUUCAAGCACAACUCGACGAACCGAAAGAGUUUCUCGCGCGGCAACCAGAAGUUCAGGCUGUCGCUGGGUGGCUCCAAACCCGCCCAAGUGCAGGAGGAGCAUGAGGAGAACAAGAGCGGCCUGUCGUCGCCCAACUACAGUCUCGAGGUUGUGAACGAGGCGGUGCUGGAGUCGGCGGAUUCGUCGCCGAUGUCCUCGUUUCUCCUGUCAACGAUGGCGGGUUCGUCGUCGGAUCUCACCUCGCAUCACGUCGUUUACGGCGGUGCAAUGGAUUCCUCCUCGCUGAGGCAGCCCGGAAAGUUCUCCAGGGUGAGCGACAAUAUGGCCAGCUAUGGCAGUAGCUAUGCCAUCGACACCCGCCUGAUGUCGUUGAACAACGAACCCAGUUCACUGCACAAACCGGACAUCUACAAUAUUUAUUCGCUGGGGAAGGACGAGGAGGCGGAUGUGCAGCAGCAGUUGGAGUUCAAUCUGAAUGACAGCAAUCCGCCAAUACUGAAUAACUAUGAUAACUACGAAAUGGCCGAGGACUUUCCGGUCAAUCAGAACCUUAACUACAUUACCAAUAACUAUAAGCCAGUUCCACCCGCCGCCUCCACAAUCAACGCCUCGUCCAAGUCGAUAAAGAAGCCCACAACGACUAGCCUGCACAAGCGGUCCACGAGCACCAUGAGCAGCACCAAGCAGACGUCCACGGGCAUCUUCGGUGGCAGCAAGCUCAGCCAGGUGUCCUCGGUCAGCUCCAUGGAGCUGCACAAGCUGGACGACAAUAUGGUUCUGAAGAAGUCCUCCUCCUCGAACGUUGUCAACAAGAACAAGCGACCCAUGGGCUCGGCCCAGAGUCAGUUCAGCAAGGAGAACAGUCAGCAGAAGAAUAUCAACGUGGAGAUCAUUACAAAGCCACCGAUGCGAUCCCGCACCACCCUGGACAUGCGCACCUCGCACCAGGCAAAAGCUCAGGAAAAGCAAAUAAACCAGCCACUGAACAAUCGCAUCAUGAUGGAUGACCACGACUUCGAUGUGCUCUCCAGAUCGCAUGAGGCUGUGCUGCAGGAGCUCAGCAACCGUCAGUCUAGCCUGGACUUGCUAAGAAACGCCACACGAUCGCAUGAUGUCCUUGGCGCUUUGAGGCAAGCUAAGAGUUGCGGGAAAUCCAUUUUUAUAGACUUACUCGGAGCCAUACUGGAAAAACCGUCCUCGUGGAACUUAGACUUCUGCAUGUUUGUGCUACCAGAGAUUUAUGAACUCUUGCAAAGCCAGCACAAGUUCCACUUUACGAGAGCCUGCGAUACAUUGCGAAUUAUUCUGUCAAACUUCUUGCCAACCAUUCAGGAGAACCUCGACUCCUGGGCUGCCAAUGGACUGGGCGUUGAUGUGACCCGCGAGGAUCGCCAGAGGAAGUGUGCAGAGUGCCAGCGCUGGCUGCUCCAGAUCAAGAACCUGCCGGAGAGCAGCCACUUUGGGUCGACGCUGUCACAGCUGCAGAAUAUCAUUAUCUUCUAAGGGCUACGCAUAUCCAGCUGUAAACUCUACCCGGCGUUCAGAUACACACAGCUCUUGAACGGUACAAAGAUCGUCAACAAAAACAAGAAAGAAAACCACCAGCUUCCCAAACCCUGAUCGAAACCCAGUGUCGUGGGGAGUGGCCUCAUUUGUCGCUCUAAGCUGCCAAACUAAGGAAUUUUAAACAAUCGUUUCAGGAACAGCUGCCCGGAGGCGAGCUCCUCCGGAAUCUGUUUGUCCAGCAUUAACAACCUUAGGGCCGUUUUCUCAUCAGCAUGACUUGAUAAAUUCAGCAUGGAAACUUGGAUAUUUCUAUUAAAUUUCCUUGUGCUCUGGCUGUUUUCAACUAACAAUGAAUUUGUGAAAACGAGCCUUAGUCAUUUAAUGAUUCAUACUAUUAAUUUGUUUUGGAAACUAAUUUAUAUAAUUAUUAUUUACAUAUACCUAAGACUUAAAAGUUUGAAAAUAUAUAAGAGAUCACCAA